ACGUUUUACACGAUCCACUAUAGCAGCGGUCCUGCCGCUCGGAUAGAAACUCUGCAAGUUGUUCGGUUUCGGUGAUUUGAAAUUUCGCGGUCAUCGAUUGACGAUUGUUCGGCCAGGCGAAACGGUGAAGGGGAAUAAAAAUUUCAAGAAAAAACAAAGAAUCGGUUUCGUAAACAUACAUACGCGAUUUUCGUACAAGUAUACAAAUUCCGCGUUCAGAGGAAUUCUUCUCCGCGGCGACGGCGGUCUUCCCGACGAUGAGGAGCAUCCUUCACGCCCACUGUUCGUUUGUAUUAUAAUGAUCGGUGAACGGUACCUAAAGACUUGUGCAUCGGUUAACGAGUUCCCGCAGACCUACGUAAGAUCGUUUGAACAAUACCCGAAAGUUUGUUGGGUGAAAACUUGACUGAACGUGCGCUGUUAAAGGCCGUGAAUAUAACCACCGGCUGUAUAUACGACAAAGAGAUUUUAACGAGUGAACCGUGACGUGAUAUGCCGAAACGGAAUACCGUUGAGAAAUAGUUCGACACGAUUGUGAUUGAAAGUAAGAAUCGUUCCUCACACAUUCGCCUUGGAAUAAAGUGGUUCUGUAUAAUAUAUAAUAGGCGAAGUGAUUUAUCCCGUUCAACCGCCGAUUACGCGACGUUACUGCGAUCCGGAGGAUCGGUAACAUGAACGAAAUAAUGGGUGAAUCAUCGGCACCACCCGCGACAGGGAUGGAAAAUUCUAUCAGCGUCAGUUCCACCCCUGUCCUCAACAACAACAACAACAACAACGAAAACAAUAACAGCAGCAGCAAUAACAAUAAUAACAAUGGUCCAGGAAUCGGUGGAGUAAACGGGGGCGAGGGAAUCAGCGCUGCAGUUGCCAAAGUUCUGAAGGGGUACGACUGGACGUUGGUGCCUGUUGCCACCAAAGGUUCCGGGGACAAGCGAGCAGCCCACGUUAAGAGGCCGAUGAACGCUUUCAUGGUUUGGGCACAGGCAGCGAGAAGAAGGCUCGCCGAUCAGUAUCCUCAGCUCCACAACGCCGAGUUGUCAAAGACCCUCGGAAAACUGUGGCGGUUGUUGUCCGAAUCGGAUAAAAAGCCCUUUGUCGAGGAGGCGGAACGACUUCGGGUGAUCCACAAGCGUGAGCACCCGGACUACAAAUAUCAGCCCCGACGUAGGAAACAGAACGGGAGCAACGGACGAGACAAUUCGCCAACCAGGAGUCAGAGCAACGUAACCUUCAGCGUAUCCCGGUCUUCGUUCAAGCAGGAGGACAGCAGAAGCCCGGUCGGUGGUUUUCAAGGUCCCACCUCGCCCCAGAGCGGCAUAAGCUCCUCGCCCCCGACGACACCACGUCAGGGUUUGUCGCCGCUGACUCCGCCGACGACGCCGAGAGAGCAGCACUACGCCAACAUGCAGGGAAAUCCUCAUCAGCAGAACAACAGCACUAUACCGCUCUACCACCACGAUCAGUCCUCGGGGGCUUCGUCGGCUACAUGCGAAGGUCCCCAGCAACACGGCGGUGUCGACCUCCGGUAUAUCGAGGUUGGCGAAUGCCUACCCGUCGAGGAUGGACACCUCACUACCCUCAGCAAUACCUUGGGCGGUGUUGCAGGGUUGAACCUGCCUCUUGCUCUACACGAAUGCGAAGUCGAGAGCAGUGAGUUGGACCAGUAUCUUCCACCUCCUGCUCUGCACCACAUGCAGUAUGCCUUGGCGCCUCCGUGUUCAACGGCCUCCCAGUGGCUGCCCAACAGGUACGGUAUGACCGACGGGGACGACGAGGAGGAUGACGACGAGGAGCACGAUAACGAGGACCUCGAUAACGAGGACUCAGAGAGAGCCAGGAAGCGCCACUGCAAUGAACACCAUUUGGAGAUGACGUGGGAAGAACGGACCCACGACAUGAUACGAUAUCACGAACUCCAGCCACCGCUACCGCCCGUUCAGUACAUCCACGCCCCUCACCACGGCCAGAGCCAUGUCCACCUCCACCUCCACGGACACGGCCACCCUCACGGAACGACGAACUCGUCGACCGGGACGUCAACGUCGACGACAACGACGACCCCCCACGGUGGCCACCCGCACGUGGUGGGACCAAGCCCCUACACUAACCAGUACCAUCGCUACGUACCUGGAAUAGAAGAAUCAUGGGCAAACUGUUUGUAAAGCUGGGAAGAAGGACGGAAGCGAUCCUUAUAUACAUGUGUGUGUGCGUGUGUGCGUGUUUAAUUAAAUACUUAUUCCUCCAUCUUCGAGUCACGUCCAGUAUCACCGUUGCGUCCGAAUGCUGAUUAUUGUGGGAAUAUACCUCGAUCGUUCAAACUACGCAGAUGAUCGUUUGAAAUUCACGCUAAAACAGCAAUGGUGAUUAGGGUACUAAUGGAAGAAAGGGAUAAGUCGAGAAUGAGGUUCACUGACGUGUUCUGCAAUGUAGCGAUACAUCUCAAAGUCAUAUUUAAGCUCGUGUAUGUAUAUGCGUUAUAGAAGAUUAACGACUUUUCGAAUCUCACCCCCUUUUUCUGAAUAUCGAGGUUCGUAAUAAUUGGGAGAUAUCUUUUUCGUGUCUGGUCCCGUUUUCGUUGAUACUUCCCGAGUACCCGGAACGGGGGAACGACUUUGAACACACGAAUAUAUUUAUACACAGCGUAUAUUAUACUACAUAAAUUUGUACAUGUUACUCUCGCCUGCAACUAGUGUGCCAGAGUAUUCUAGACCAACGUUACAGCUACGCAAAUAUACUAUAUAUUAUAAUCGUAAUACAGCUUCCUUCAACGUUGGAGUCUCGCGUAUAAUAUACACACAUAUAUAUAAUAUAUACACAUACGUACACGCAUGCAUAGGUUUACCCAUAUACACGUAUAGGUACCACAAUAUUCCAUGACAUCAUUCCAUGACAGCCACCCAUUCCAAGGCGAACAUUUUCAGGCAAAAGAGAACAAAUGACGAAUCGGUGCACCAAGGCGUAGUAACUGACCGUGAACUUUGACUAAACCAUCGCGUCAUCCCUUUUAUCACAAUUUGCGUAUAUUUUCCCCUGAUGUGGAUCAAGGGCAACAAACAUUUUACGACUAUAGACAAGUUUUGCCGGUUUGAGCCCAACCGAUUUUCAUCAAGUAAUAGUAGCAAAGUUUUUGUUUCCUAGAAUAACAAUUAUUCAGAUAAGUAUCUAAACCCGACAUCCGACUGACGUUUGUCUAGUCAGGAGUUGGAAAUAAGUUCCAAAAAAAUAUGCGAAACAUGACAGUAACAAAUAGAGAAGUAUCACCCGAAAUCGACAACGUACUUCGUUAUCGUGAAGCGUAUAUUUAUCUAGCAAUAAAUUUGUACCGCGACAAAGGUAUAUCUGCCUGUAUACUCGAUGCGUGUCGGUCUUUCGGGUAUAUUGAUAACGUAUAUAAUACCUAUGUGUAUGGAUGAUAACCUUUGUCCACACAUAUGUACCUGGCGAUCGAAUCGAUUCUUUGCGUACUUGCGUAUGUUAAUAGAGCCUGAAUCUAUAGGAAUCUUCGGUAACAAUGUUGGGGGUUCAGUUUGUUCGAUGACGAGUCUGUGUACACUGAAUUGAAAAAACGUAGUGUGCUAUUACGAUACGUACAAUUUAUUACAUUCUUGGUCGCUCCCCGAUGUUCGCCACUCCGGUGUAGAUACAGUGCAUAUAACUUUCGACUGUAGAUAACACAGUAACGUAAUAAUCAUAUUGAUGUAUUACCGAUGAUGUAUCAAAAAGCAAACUAUACGUAAAUCGAGUAUAAAUGAAUUGCAAAAGGAAUUCAGGAUGUUCAUAUUACCAUAUCUUUAAAGAAGUUACGUAUAUCAUCAAAGUUCCGCCGUAUUUUCAUAUUAGUAAUAAUUAUCUGUAACAAUAAAAUAUUGAUAGUUGAUAAUAUAAUUGUCCCCCCCCCCUCCCCCUCUCUUUUGC